AAGCGAAAGCUGCUUCACAUGUUGUAAGAAUUAUGAAUGCUUGAAAUCCAAACGAUAUCAAAAUGCCAGGAGGGGAUUCAAGGAAAGAAUACCUGUUGGCGACAGCAGCCAACUAUUUUGGCGUGCCACCGACUGAUGGUGUCAUCACUACUCUUGGGGACACUCCAUCAAUGAAUAGUUUCCUCGAUGAUGGAAAUGUUCCUGUGUUGGUGGCUCGACCUGAUGCUCGCACCAGUGGACGACGUCUGCUCCUAUCAAACAAGAUUGAACCUAAUGACCAGAAGGAAAAAGUAAUAGUUUUCUUUAAAAUCCGCCCUGAUGUGAUUACUCCUGAUGACCUACAUACUAACAUCAUUGUAUCUACAAUGGUAGAUUCCCCACUUAGCACCCUCUACCAUGCCGUCCAGAAGAUUUAUGCUCCACUGCUACUUGAAGAUGGCAAAUGGAGCCGGAAUCUUGACCCGAAGCUACAAAGUCUGAUAAGUGAGCUGGAAGCAGGAUUAGGAAGUGCUAUCAGGAAGCAGGAUGCUUCUUUCGCUGGCAAGUCAAAGGAUGGCGACAACUUGGGAUCUAUUCUGAGUCCAUCCGAUGAGUUCCAGUACUGGGCAGAUCAGUCAAGAAGUAGUGAGCGAGCAUCUAACUUUGUGGACUUGUUCAAACCCAUUUCUAAGGAGUUCGGGGGACUGGAUGCUAUGGGACUUCAGGAUGUGAUGGAACUGGUAGAAGUCACACAGGACACACUUGAUGAGGUGUGGAAAGGGGAGGACAGAAACCCGUACCCGGAGGACAGGAUGAAGCACCUCAUGGACAUCAUAGGCGGAUCCUUGGGAAGGUAUGUCCAGAGAAAGCUCGCAGAGGAAGACCUAUGGCAGGGUGAUUAUGGACAGGUCAAGGAAUCCCUGCGGUCAGGUGUGGCCAUUUGUGAACGUUUUGUUGGAGUAUGUGAAACAUUGACCACUCAAUUCUGGAAAAACUUUCGACCCAAUCCUUGGAAAGGAGAACGCUUCACCCCGGAAAACCUUAAGAAGCUGGCUCAGAGAUUAGAAGAGAUUCUGACUCUGAGGAUUGUUCAUGAGCAGCAGGUACAGCUGUUGAGCUCCCAGGAACAGAAGGAGCUACGUACGGUAGAUGCUUUCUCUCCUUUUGUAGGCUUGAACCCCCUACAAUACAACCCUUACACAACACCUCUCUGGAACGCUGCAGUCGCUCAGUAUGACAAAAUAAUGUCGCCAGUGGAACAGAAAAUCGCAGGCAAACUAAGAAGUCAAGUGAAGGCUCUUGAAGGCUAUCCACAACAGCUGUUGAGAGAGUUUCAAAGAUACAAGGAGCUCAUCAAGCGCCCUAAUAUCAACAAAGAGAUGGUGUCGGAAAGAGAGACACUGCUGGGCCAACUGAACGUAAAUGUUAAAGAAGUAGAGAACGAUUUCCAGAAAAGGACUGGACAGCGACCGGGAGGCAAAGGGGUGCCCAAGGGAAAGAACUUACCAGAGAUUGUCAACAACAUGGUGUAUGUCCGACAACUUGAGGCACGGGUUGAAGAAACCAUUAAGACUGCUGAGACCUUGCUGGGAGACUUGGCUGGGUUCAAAAAGUUCAGGAAGGAUGCACAAGAGCUUCAAGACGAGUUACUGAACUGGCGGACUGAGACCUACGACGACUGGACCCGCGACAUGCUUGACCGGAUCAACGACACCAGGGAACCGCUCAGCUUGGAAACCAAUGGUCGACUGAUGGAGCUGAACCACAACACGGGUAAACUACGUGUGAAUUAUGGCGACCGUCUGGUGACCCUGAUGCGAGAGGUCAGACAACUUGGAUCCAUGGGAUUUGUCAUCCCGGCCAAGAUAACGCAUGUAUCUAACACGGCGCAGAAAUUUUACCGACAUGGCGUGGUCCUUAAACAGGUGGCCCAUUUCUACAACACUAUCGACCAGCAGAUGAUCACAAGUCAGCAGGCUAUGAUGUUGAACUCUGCCCUUGCCUUCGAAAAACUUGUCAAAAACCCAAAGUCAGGGAGUAAAUCUAAAGGAGAGAAUGUAGAGAUUACCUGGGACAAUCCAGAUGAACUUGACCACUACAUCAAGAAGUUGCAGAAGGCAGCGGAGAGACUGACCACUGAGAACCGACGACUUAGGAAAUCACACAACACUGUCUGUGAGAAGACCCAGCAGUUGAUGGGCAUCGACCUACUCAGACAACAGCAAAAGUGGAAAGAUGGACUGAUGGACAUUCGCCACCUCAUGGCCAGCCUCGUCCAGCAGGGGUUUUCCUCCGACAACAUGAAGCCAUGGAAGGCUCAUUGGGACAGACAACUGUAUAAAUCUCUGGAGCACCAGUAUCAGAUGGGACUCGAGGCCCUCAACGAAAACCUGCCAGAGAUCAAGGUCGAGCUGACCUUCAGACAACAGCAACUGCAGUUCCGUCCUCCAUUCGAGGAAAUCAAAGCCAAAUACUUCCGUGAGAUGAAACGUUUCAUCAGUAUCCCGAACCAUUUCAAGGGUGUAGGGGAUGAGGCAACAAACUUGAUCUUCCCUGCAAUCAUCGACAGAAAUGCUGAAGGCUUCAUCACCUGCUACAGAAAGGCUGACGUCCUCUUUAAACGUCUGUAUGCUGCUCAGGAGCAAUUCAAGGAAUGGGUAGUCUUGGGUGCCAUCGACUUGGACCAGUUUGUUGAGGAUAACCUGAAGGAGAUAUCAGACUGGGAGAGAAACUUCAAAGGGCUCAAGGCUCGUGGCAGGGAUGCAGAAAAACUCCCAAACCAGUUGAAGAUUGACUGUCUGACGGUUAACACGACACCGGUGAAAGCCGUCAUAGACGACCACAUACAACGUCUGUUUGAUGCCCUCGUCAACUCGCUGCGAAAAGCCAUCAACUCGGAUGUGACCACCAUUGAUACCUUCCUGAAGGGUGCCAUGGAAACGCUGUCAAACAGACCUCAAACUGUGGAGGAGAUCGGGGUUGCUAACGCAAAGCAUGCUGAAUUCUCCAAAGAGCGAAAGGAGGUUCAGCCAUUGUUUGAGCGAGCGGACUCGAAGAACAAACUGCUGAGGUCAGUAGCUGGAGGAGGUGUAGACUCCCUGAACCAGCUACAGGGAUUCUGGGACAAGUUUGAACUGAUGAUGGAGAGCCACCAGCUGAUGGUCAAGGAGCAGGUGGAUGUGAUGAAGACUAAUGUGGACUCUCGUGUGAAGGCCUUCACACAGGAAGUUGAGAAGUUUGCCGCCAGGUGGCACCAGCUGAAGCCAGGAGAUGAUGCACUGGACGGCAACCAGAAGAAAUGUGAAGCUGCAAUGCAGAUCAUCAAAGACAAGCGACAAGAAUUUGCAGAGCUGGAGAAAAACAGACAGUCCCUUGUUAAUGACUGUGAACACUUUGGAAUGGACCUGCCAGAGUUGGAGCUUGCAGAUGAGCUCCGAGCAGACAUGGCUCAAUAUGAAAACAUGUGGGGCUUGUAUGAGGAAUUCAACAAGGGCUUACAAGAGCUUGCAAAGGAGGACUGGAUCUCUUUCAGGAGUAGGACAUACAUGUUUGAAGAGUUCCUCGGAAACUGGUACGAGAAGCUGAAGACUGACGAAGCAACAACCAUGACAGUCAAGCUUCAGAAGGACAUAGAAAAGUACAAGAAUGUAUUGCCAGUCCUGAAGUGGGUCCGGGGCGAGCCUCUCUCCCAGGAUCAUUGGAUGGAGCUCUUCCAGAUGCUCGGAAUGCCUCGUGGUACCACCCUGGAAAAACUGAACUUUGGAACUGUCCUAGGUGCUAGUGAUGCCAUCAUUGCUAAUGCAGAUGCUGUCAAGGAAUUGAACCAGAGAGCCCAAGGGGAGGUAACUAUAAGAGAAGCCAUCCGGGAACUUGACUUGUGGGGUGCUGGGGCCAUCUUUACCCUCACAGAGUAUGAGGACAGCAACAAAAACAGCAUGAUGCUGAUCAAGGAUUGGAAGGACCUUGUCAACCAGGUUGGAGACAAUCAGGCCCUGCUCCAGUCCCUGAAGGACUCUCCCUAUUAUAAGAGCUUUGAGGACAAAGCUUCGGUAUGGGAGCAGCGUCUGGCAGACCUCGACGAGUACCUACACAACCUCAACCAGAUCCAGAGGAAGUGGGUCUACCUCGAGCCCAUAUUUGGGCGUGGAGCUCUCCCAAAGGAACAGGGGCGCUUCAAGAGAGUGGACGAUGACUUCAGGAACAUCAUGAUGGAUGUGAGGAGAGACAACCGCGUUGUCUCCAUGACACAGAAGGCAGGGCUACGUAACCUCCUCACCACCAUGCUUGAUCAGCUACAGAGGUGCCAGAAAUCUCUCAAUGAGUUCCUCGAGGACAAAAGAUCCCUGUUUCCAAGAUUUUACUUCAUUGGUGACGAUGAUCUUCUGGAAAUCCUCGGCCAGUCAACGAACCCCAAUGUGAUCCAGACCCACUUGAAGAAGCUGUUUGCGGGUAUCCACUCAGUGGAUUUCGAUGAAAACAAUCAGCACAUCUUGGCGAUGAAGUCCCUGGAGGGUGAAGUGGUACCGCUGAAGAAAAAAGUGAAAAUCAUGCCGGAAGUGGAGGUGUGGUUGAGCAAACUGGCUGAGGAGAUGAAGGCCACUCUACAGGAACUGCUCCGUGAGUGUCUUCAGGACGCGAAAAAGAGCCAAGGAGGACUGGACCCCAGCAAGUAUCCUUCACAGGUGCUUUGUCUGGCGGAACAGAUCCGGUUCACUGAGUCUUGCGAGCAAGCCAUCGGUAAGGGUAACCUGGCCGGUUACCAGCGUGAGCUUGAGGCACAGCUCGAGUCAUACACCAGUGUGGACCUGAGUGAGGCCAGUGGGGUCGAAGGUCAUGUCCUUGACCUCAAGCUCAAGGCUCUGAUUCUGGAUACGAUCCAUGCCAUCGAUGUUGUACAACAUCUGACUCAGCAAGGAUGUCGCAAUAUCGCAGAUUGGAUGUGGAACAAACAGCUCAGAUUUUACCUGAAGAGAGAUGGAACAUGUGGUAUCAGAAUGGUCGACGCCGAGUUUGACUAUACCUACGAGUACCAAGGCAAUGCUCAGAAACUCGUACACACCCCGCUCACUGACAAAUGUUACCUCACACUCACACAGGGAAUGCACAUGGGGUUGGGAGGAAACCCCUAUGGUCCUGCAGGUACAGGUAAAACUGAAUCUGUGAAAGCCAUUGGUGGACUGUUUGGACGACAGGUGCUUGUAUUCAACUGUGAUGAGGGUAUCGAUGUGAAGUCGAUGGGCCGUAUCUUUAUUGGUCUGGUGAAGUGUGGUGCGUGGGGAUGUUUUGACGAGUUUAACCGUCUGGAGGAGGCUGUGUUGUCUGCUGUAUCCAUGCAGAUCCAGAUCAUUCAGGACAGUAUCAAAAACAGGGCACCCUUCGCGGAACUGCUCGGCAGAAAUGUUGACAUUGACCACAACUCUGGAAUCUUCAUCACCAUGAACCCAGCAGGAAAGGGAUACGGAGGCAGACAAAAACUCCCAGACAACCUCAAACAACUUUUCCGUCCUGUUGCCAUGUCCAAGCCAGACAAUGAACAAAUUGCUGAGGUCAUUCUUUUCUCUGAAGGAUUCAAACAGGGCAAGGAGCUUGGGCGCAAACUGGUUGCCAUCUUCAACCUCUCAAAGGAACUGUUGACUCCACAGCAGCAUUAUGACUGGGGACUCCGUGCCCUUAAGACUGUACUCAGAGGGUGUGGUAACCUGCUGCAGAUGAGGAAGCAGAAAGGAGGCAAGAUCGAUGCUAAGCUAGAAGCUAAGCUUGUUGUACAAGCUCUCCGUAUCAACACGCUCUCCAAACUGACAUUCUCCGACUCUUCACGCUUCAACGCCCUGGUCAGUGAUGUGUUCCCAGGAAUAGAGUUCAAGGACAUAGAGUACGAAGAGCUCGCUCAGGCCAUCCGGUCUGUGUGUGAGGAGAAAACUCUCCGCAUCAAUGAACUUCAGAUUAAGAAGUCACUGGAGUUGUAUGAACAGCUGAGACAGAGAACAGGGGUCGUAGUUGUUGGUCCAAGUGGUUCAGGAAAGUCUACCCUGUGGAGAAUCCUGAGGCAGGGUAUGCAGAAGAUCGGCAAGGAAGUGAAAACUUACACCAUGAACCCUAAGGCUAUGCACAGGACACAGCUGCUGGGACAGAUUGACAUGGACACAAGAGAGUGGACAGAUGGAGUCCUUACCUACAGCGCCAGACAGGUCGUCAAGGAACCCAAAGAGGUCCAGUCCUGGAUUAUCUGUGAUGGUGACAUUGACCCAGAGUGGAUUGAGUCUUUGAAUUCUGUCCUUGACGACAACAGAUUGCUCACCAUGCCCUCUGGUGAGAGAAUUCAGUUCGGUCCUAAUGUAAACUUCCUGUUCGAGACUCAUGACCUGAGCUGUGCUUCCCCAGCCACAAUCUCCAGAAUGGGAAUGAUCUUCCUCAGUGAUGAGGACACGGAUGUAAAGGCACUGAUUAGUUCAUGGCUGUCGAAACAGCCGGAGCACGAGCAGCACAUUUUGUCCGGCUGGAUAGAAGAUCACUUCUACAAGGCUGUGGAUUGGGUCCUCCGUGUGAACGAUUCCUUGGUGGAGACCAGUCGCAUUGGUGUUGUCCUCAACGGUCUGUCGCAUCUCCACAAUGUCAGGAACAAGGCCCACUUUGCUGUGUGUCUCAUCCACGGACUCGGAGGAAAUCUCAACGAAGGCAGCCGGGAAACAUUCGCCAAGGAGGUAUUUUCCUGGACACAAGAGGCCCCGCCUGACUCGCGGCGCCCCCUGGACACGUAUUAUGAUGAGAAUAUGGGUCGUCUGAUGACCUACAGUAUGGAGACCUCCGGAGAUCUGUCUGCAGACAACUUUACGGUGAGCUCGGCCUCCCUUCCUGUGAUACGUACCGGGGAUGUUCAGAGAGGACUUGACUACUUCAUGCCUUGGCUUCAACAGGACAACAAACACCCCUUCAUCCUCGUGGGACCCGAGGGCUGCGGUAAAGGGAUGUUGUUGAGGUACUGCUUUGACCAGCUACGGUCAACACAAGUAGCCACUGUCCACUGCAGUGCUCAGACCAACCCUACUCACGUCCUACAAAAACUUAACCAGUCAUGCAUGGUCCUCAACACAAACACAGGCCGUGUGUACCGACCCAAGGACUGUGAACGCCUCAUCCUCUACCUCAAGGACAUCAAUCUUCCUAAACCUGAUAAAUGGGGAACAUGUCAACUCAUAGCCUUCCUACAACAAGUUGUGACCUACAAUGGAUUCUAUGAUACGAACCUGGAAUGGGUCGGACUAGAAGGGGUACAGAUUGUUGCCAGUAUGAAUGCUGGAACUGGACUCGGUAGACACCAGCUGACUACGCGAUUCACCUCUGUAGUUAGGAUAUCUUGUAUAGGGUAUCCUGACCGUGAACAGUUACAGACCAUUUACUCGGCUUACCUACAACCCAUCAUACACAGACAGCUUGUACGCCACCCUGUGUGGGGUAAUACCUCCAAGGUCCACGCCCUGGCUGGCUCCAUGGUCCAGCUUUAUGAACAGUUACGAGCCCGAUUUACUGUGGACGAUUACAGCCACUACCUUUUCACCCCCCGGGAUCUGACCAAGUGGUGCCUCAAUUUCCUACGCUACGACCUUACUGCCGGGGCGAAGGAGGGAUCAAGUGAUCAUGUUCUCCAUAUAUGGGCGUAUGAAGCACGGCGAUUAUUCCGUGACAGAAUUGUCGGUACAGAUGGACUGAACAAGUUUGACAGUAUCCUCAUGUCUACCAUCAGAGCUGACUGGUCAGCUAAUAUCUUUGAUGCAUUAGAAGAUGAGUUUUUCGUGACUUGGGGAGCAAGAUCGGAAUCGGGAGCACCAGCAGUGGCAGCAGGAGCACCCCUACCACCUAAUGGCAAGCCACUGGGGAAGCUUGGUGUUGAUGAUCUCACGGCAGUCAUUGAAAGAGGACUAAAACUGUAUAGUAGGGAGAAUAGAGACCUUGACAUUUUGAUUUUCAAAGAAGUGUUGGAUCACAUGGCGCGAGUCGAUCGUGUGAUGACUAGCCCUGGGGGAUCCCUCCUCUUGGCUGGACGGAGUGGUGUCGGACGACGGACAGCGGUCACGCUGGUCGCACACAUGCAUCAAAUGACCACGUACUCGCCCAAAGUGUCUCGAGGAUAUGGAAUGAAGCAUUUUAAGAAUGACCUCAAAACAGUGAUGCAACAGGCAGGUAUGGAGGAUGAACAGGUCGUGUUGAUGUUAGAAGACCACCAAUUUAUUGAACCCCAGUUUCUGGAAAUGAUCAACAGUCUGCUGUCAUCGGGUGAGGUCCCCGGCCUCUACACCCCUGAGGAACUUGAACCCCUCCUCUCUCCACUCCGAGACAUGGCCUCAGAGGUCGGCUUUAGGGGCACUCUCGUCAAUUUCUUCGCCUCAAGAAUCAAAACCAACCUACACAUCGCCCUGAUUAUGGAUUGUACCAACAGUCGGUUUACACUCAACUGUGAGAGUAACCCCGCCUUCUAUAAGGAGUGUGCCGUCCAGUGGAUGGAGAACUGGAGCAGAGAUAGCAUGGUCAAGGUUCCCUAUAUGCUGCUGACCAAACCUUCGAAGAUAGAGGGCGCCAGUAUCGGUGAGAAAAAGACACACAAGCGCAAGCUGUCCGGAGGAGAGGACCUUCUGAAGUGUUUUCUCCAUGUCCACGAGUCGUGUGCGGCGGCCAACAUGGGUGCCACACCCAGGCGAUAUAUAUCCUUCCUUAACACUUACCAGAAAGUCUACGGCGACAAGAAGUCGGGGAUAGAGAAGAAACAGCACCAUCUACAGGCUGGUGUGUCAAAGCUCAACGAGGCAAAACAGUUGGUGGAUGAGCUGAAGAGGAAGGCUGCAGAACAGAGUAUAUUACUGGCCGAGAAACAAUCGGAGGCCGACUCCGCUCUCCGUGAAAUUACUGUCAGCAUGCAGAAUGCUAGUGACCAGAAGAAUGAGAUGGAGGUCCUGAAACAACAAGCUGCUGAGGAGGACAAGGUCUUACAGAAACGAAAGAAAGCCAUAGAUAUUGAGCUCCAUGAGGUGGAGCCACUAGUCCAGGCUGCCAAGAAAGCCGUCGGAAACAUCAAAACAGAAUCGCUGUCUGAGAUUCGAUCUCUCAGAGCUCCACCAGAUGUGAUUCGGGAUAUUUUGGAAGGUGUUCUUCGACUCAUGGGGAUUUUUGAUACCUCUUGGGUCAGCAUGAAAAGUUUCCUGGCCAAACGAGGGGUGAAAGAAGACAUCCAGACAUUUGAUGCUCGUAAAAUUAACCCUGAUAUUAGGAAAAGUGUGGAGGAACUCAUGCGAAAAAGCAAAGACUCGUUUGAGGCAAAGAAUGCCCGGCGUGCGUCUCUAGCAGCUGAGCCCUUGGCUGCCUGGGUGAAGGCAAACGUCCAGUACUCCUAUGUCCUGGAGAGGAUUGAGCCGUUGGAAACGGAACAGAAUGAACUUCUCAAGAACUUGCAGAAGGCUGAAGCACGGAUGGAGAAACUGAAACGUGCCCUGGACGAAGUAGACAGCAAGGUAGCACAGCUGAGGAACAGAUUUGAAACCCUGACAAAGGAGGCCGCCGAGUUAAAGAUCAAACUGGACAAGGAAAAUGAAACAAUCCAGGCUGCGGAGACACUUGUCACUAAACUGGAGGGAGAGUACGAGAGGUGGAGCAAUCAGGUUGGUGAGCUUACUGCAGAGUUGAAGGAGCUACCAAAGCGCACCCUGGUUGCGGCAGCCUUCAUUACGUAUCUAGCACAGGCCCCUGAAGAUGUUCGCCGCAACUGUAUCAACUCCUGGCUGGAGUCUAUGGGAGUCAGUAGGUUUGAUUUCCGUCGCUUCCUCAGUACUGAGAGUGAGCAACUGAUCUGGAAAUCUGAGGGGCUGCCAUCCGAUACAUUAUCCAUGGAGAACGCUCUCGUCAUCUUACAGAUGAAUGAGAUACCAGCAGGGAGUGCCUUGAGACCAUUCCUGGUAGAUCCAUCAUCAAGGGCAACAGAAUGGCUGAAAACUCAUCUUAAGGAGAAUCGUCUCGAAGUUAUAAACCAACAGGAUGCUAAUUUUUCCACAUCUCUGGAGCUGGCUGUACGGUUCGGAAAAACCCUCAUCAUACAGGAGGUAGAUGGAGUGGAGCCAGUACUCUAUCCUCUAUUGAGGGGCGAUCUCAUGGCUCAGGGUCCAAGGUAUGUUGUACAGAUUGGAGAAAAGACCAUAGAUUAUAAUGAGGAGUUUAGACUCUUCCUUACGACACGUAACCCUGCCCCGGAGAUCCCACCAGACGCCUUCUCCAUCAUUACUGAGGUUAACUUCACCACUACCAGAGCUGGUCUGACUGGUCAGCUGCUAGCCAACACCAUCCAAAAUGAGAAGCCUGAACUCGAAGUGAGGAAAACAGAACUGCUCAAGACUGAGGAGGACCUCAAGAUUCAACUGGCCAAGCUAGAGGAAUCGCUGUUAGAGGAGCUGGCCAAUGCCAAGGGUAACAUCCUGGAGAACAAAGAACUACUGGACUCUCUGAACAAGACCAAGGCCAGCAGUAUAACCAUUACGGACUCCCUGACAGAGUCUGUAAGACUUCAGGCCUCCCUCGACCAGGAGAGGAAUACUUACCUCCCCCUGGCAGAGAAAGGCAGUACUUUGUACUUCGUCAUCAGUGAUCUCGCCAAAAUCAACAACAUGUACCGGUUUAGUCUGGCAGCGUUCCUACGACUCUUCUCUCGAGCUCUCAGCUCAAAACAGGAUGGAAGUGGGACUGAUCACCGUAUCCAGAAACUCGGCCAGCGUCUACAAGUGCUUGUGUACGAGUACGUCUGCCGCUCCAUCUUCAAGAAUGACCGUCUCAUGUUCGCCAUGCACAUGGUCCAUGGGAUGAGACCGGAUCUCUUCCAGGAAAAUGAGUGGGAGUUGUUCACAGGGAUCUUGGUGGGAGAAUCAGACUCGCAGCGAGGACCAAGCUGGGUUGACCCGGAACGCAUGGCCGCAAUGGCCAGUCUUAAGUCUAAUUUACCAAAACUGUACCAGCAAUUCAACUUUGACGAUUCCUCCAUGUGGUCGAGUUUCUCCCGUAGCAGUGAGUGUGAGACAGAAUUCCCGUCGGUGAUAGAGAAGAAAACCAGUUUGUUUCAGCAGCUGUUAGCGGUACAAACUGUUAGACCAGACCGACUACAGACUGCCAUGGGAUUGUUCGCCUGCAAAGCUCUAGCCAUGAAGGAGCUGUCUGCACCGUCUGUCAACCUAAAGAAGUUAUUUGAGACCGAGACAAUGGCUGAGGAACCCAUUCUUAUAGUUAUCUCCCCUGGAGCUGACCCCUCACAGGAGCUGCAGGAACUGGCCGCGGACGUCAUUGGCCACGAAAAGUACCACCAGGUUGCCAUGGGUCAAGGUCAAGCAGACAUCGCCAUGCAGUUACUGCGGGAUUGCUCUCAGAACGGGGAAUGGCUGUGUCUAAAGAAUCUCCACUUGGUGACCGCCUGGUUACCCCAGCUAGAGAAGGAAAUUAACACUCUGAAACCUCACGCUGAUUUCCGUCUGUGGAUGACGGCCGAGGUCCACCCCAAGUUCCCCACCAUCCUGCUUCAGAGCAGUUUGAAAAUAACCUACGAGUCCCCGCCUGGUGUGAAGAGGAACUUGUACCGUUCAUUUGAGACAUGGAGUCCGGAGUAUUUCAGUAAGACUGGCAGUGUGAUUCGCUCCCAGGCCAUGUUUGCCCUCGCAUGGUUCCAUGCCAUCAUGCAGGAGCGACGAGUCUUCAUCCCACAGGGUUGGACCAAGUUCUACGAGUUUUCCCUGUCAGAUCUCCGAGCUGGGGCGGAUAUCAUUGAUCGGCACUGUAAAGCAAAUCAAGAUGUCCAGUGGCAGUUUAUCCAUGGCUUGUUUGAGUUUGCCAUCUACGGUGGUCGUGUAGACAAUCCGUUUGACAUGCGGGUGAUGGUGUCCUACCUGCGACAGUUCUUCGAUGCAAACACGCUGUCGCCCCAGAACAGGAACAAACGACUCGGACCAAUCCGCCUCCCGAAUUCUACAAACAUAUCAGAUUUCACUGCCGCGAUCGGAGAACUGCCCGAGUUUGAUAACCCAUCGUAUUUCGGUCUCCCUGACAAUAUUGACCGGUCAGCCCAGCGUAUGGUCAGCUCACAGGUCAUCUCCCAGCUUAAGAUUCUCCAGCGUGCCAAUGUCAAAGCCAGCAGGUUCGACAAGGAGGUCUGGGCGAAUGAGCUCAGUCCCCUUCUCAACCUCUGGAAGACACUUAACAAGGGCUCCCAGAUCAUACAGAUGAGGAUAAGCCCACCAGUGGCUAAGUCUGGACAGGAGUCUCCGAUCCUAUCGUUCAUCUUCUUGGAGCGGUAUAAUGCUGUCAAACUUGUCCAGAAGAUCCACCACUCUCUGGCCUCACUGAGCAAGGUGAUCCGUGGUACUCAGCUUCUGACCAGUGAGGUCCAGGGACUGGCUGCAGCCUUACUUAACCAGGAGACUCCCUUGAACUGGCUGUCUAAAUGGGAUGGACCUGAGGACCCUAUUGUAUAUCUCCGUGGUCUGGUAGCCAGGGCAACAGCCAUUCAAAAAUGGGUUGACAAGGCGGAGAAUGGAAGCCUCCUGAGAGAUCAGUUAGAUCUGUCGGAACUUUUCCAUCCGGACACAUUCCUAAAUGCUCUCCGUCAGCAAACAGCAAGAGAGAUGGGCUGUUCCAUGGAUAGUCUGAAGUUCGCUAGUACCUGGAAGGGGUCUAUCCAGGGAGCCCGCACCGCCGUCAAGCUAGGCGGCCUUCAGAUGGAAGGAUGUAGCUUUGACGGGUCCAGACUCUCAGACAACCAGCGAGACUCUCCCAGUGUGUCUGGUAUACCACCCUGUGUGAUCGCUUGGGUACCAAAGGAUGCCCCAGCACCAUACGGCCUAGAUGAGGUAAUCACCAUCCCAAUCUACUACAGUGCUGAGCGAGAUCGUAUCGUAACGAGGCUGGAUGUCCCAUGUGGGGGUAACCAGAGCCAUUGGCUACAGUGUGGUGCUGCGCUCUUCCUCCGCAGUCAGUGACCGAGGCUAUUUUAGUGACUUCAUAAUUAUCUUAUUAACUUUUUAGUUCCUCUGACAAGUGUUCUUGUGAAGGACUUUGUGUGAUGAUAAUUCGAUCGGUUGUGCAUUGACUUUGUUGUUCAGAUAGAAGAGAAAUAUCACUGUUUCAGAAUUAGGGAUUGUGAAAACAAGACUGAUAUCAACAUUGGUGUACAUGUUAAUGACAUUAUAUUAUAUGAAAAAAUUGAAAAGGAUAGCUCAAAAUAAGCAGUUCUUUUAAAAAUGAUAAUAUUUGCUUAUAAGAUAGAACUGUAUGAUAAAUUAUGUGCUUUGUUUGUGCUAUAUGGUAGAUUUUGUACUGCUCCUCAACCAUUUUGUUAAAAAUCAUGGAAUGUCCAAGACAUUUUCGCUUAUUAAUUUAUUCUGAAGUUUAUUUAUUUUUGUUGUGAGAGACAUUCUUUUGUCAAUAUUUGACAUGUAUUAGAUUAUCUGUGAUAAAAUUAACAAUUGAAAUAUAUUUAUUUAAUUAGUUUUAUUCUUUCCGUCCAUUUCAUAUCAAAUUAUGAAUAUAAAAAUAAAAUGUCACAAAAUAA